AUGUUUCAGGACUUGUUUAAGAAUACUGGAUUACCUGAAGGCGGGAUUAACAUAAUUGCUGCAGGACUACACACCCACUUGGCAGGUAAACGUGAUAGAGAUUAUAUUGUCAACCUAAUGUGAGGAAAUUCGGAUUCCGGAAAUCGGGUUAAUUCGUAUGGAAUCCGAAAUCCGGUAAAAUUUUGAUUGUGGAAUAUGGAAUCCUGGGUUUUGGCUUGAGGAAUCUGGAAUCCCAUGAACGAUUCAAUUCCAGAAUCCAAGUUCCACUGACUGUAAUCCAGUACCUCAGGAAUCAAUGGGGACUCCAAGGCGUGGAAUCCAGAAUCCACGAUUGCGUUGGAUUCCUUUACAUGGGGCGAAUUGUCGAUUGCCUGCCCUGUUACCCGAAAGUCAGUCAUAAAGAGCAAGAAAAAUUGUUUAAUGUCAGGACUGAUGCUGAUGAUGACGACUAUGAUUUUUUUUGUUGGUUUUAUUUUAUGAAGAAAGGAUUAAAAAAAAAAAACAUUUUUGUUGCUUUUGAUAUUGAUGCAGAUUAAUUAGUUUUCUUUUGCUCUGUUUUUGUCCACGAAACCGUUAUUUUCGGAACAUUUUUUCUUUCAGGGCGCGCAAGCUGGACUAAGCACGUUCGUAAAGGAAAAGAACUCCCUGAGAUUGCUCGAGAUGAUCAUUACGACUUCAAUUUUCAGGUGUGCGAAACAACACUUUAUCUAGAAAAAUACUUUCCCGAAUAGGUGGUUCUUGUUAAAAGGUACCACGUAGAUGGUUUCAAUUUACUCGAACUCAUAAUAGUAGCACUUUCAUGUGACAGAGUAUUUUUAUUUUUUGUAGGACACACAAAUGUUAAGAAAAGAAAUCAACAUUCAGCCAGUAAGUAAUUACUACGAUUGCAUGAUGCACUCCAGGAGUAACCAAAACAAAACAAAACAAAAUAAAAUAACCAAAAAAACAACAAAACAAAAAAAUUAAGGAAAAAAAAACGUUUAUUGAGAAAAUUCAAAUGAAAUCGCAAAACAUAAAUAGUUUCAGACACACUUUAAUGAAAAAACUGCCCAGAUGCGGAUGUGAUCACAUCACCACCCGUUCUGUCAAAUUUCCUUCAGUGGUUUUCAAAACAAAAAUGCAUUUACAAUAAUCACCUCUCUUAUUAAUGUAAAACCACCAAACCUCACAUUUGCUGAAUUCAAUGCUGAUGAAUUUGAUGCGGCAUUAAUUAUUAGAAAAAAAGUAUUUACAAAGACAAAAUACUGCAAAUAUCUAAAAAAACUAUAUUACAUUUUCAUUUGUAGGAUGUCUAUAAUGAGUGCUAUUUUGCAGUUGAUUCGGCUCCACCGUAACCGUGUCCGGACUCCAAUUCUAAACUUCAGUAUUGUGUACCCCAAAACAAUUUUAUUGGUAAAACAGUUAUUGGUUGCUGCUUUUCUGGCAUAUAAACCUCUUAUUUGCCAAAGCUGUACUGUAAAUUACGGACCUAGUUUUUCCCACGAUUUAUUGUCCGAGCGCAAAGUGCGCGGGCUAUAAAUUGUUGGGAAAAACAAUGAUAGUUGAUCCGUAAUUUAUUUAUAGUACAGACCAAGAAAAAGAACUUCUUGAAUCUUUUUCUGAGCGUGGAAAAAACCCUUAAAAAAGAGUUUUCAGUCUUAUGAAUUGGCUCCUGACAGUCAGGCUUUAAAAAAAUCUACAGCAAGAAAACAAAUGCUCAUUUCUUUUUAAGAAGGGUUCUAGUUUACCAUAUAUUAAACUAAAUUUUGAUUCUGAGUUUGCUUCUUUGUUACUAGACACACUUGGAAAGGGGCAUAAUUAAAGGAAAGUGAAAGGGCUUUUCCCUUUCGGUCCGUAGACUGAGUUACGGACCGAAAAUUGACCAAUCAGGCAGAAGAGAAGUCACUUAGCAACAAAAUGAAUACUAAUAAUCAAUUUUUUUAGGGAGACGACAUUAUUCAUUACUGUCAAUAUGAUUCAAUGGACAGAGAUAAACCGAUCAAAGUAAGUUCAUUAACUUUUCGUUUCCUCUGAAACAUUUUCCAGAGGAAAAAAGCUUUCUAGCAAAGUAACAGUAAAUGGAAUGGAAGCGAAAAAGGAAAGCAACUAAACAAAUUAAGUAAUUAUAUGAAUGCCUGGUUGUAUUAAUGCAUCAAAAGUGGUAGUUAGCAUGCAGAAUAGUAAUAUACUUUCAAACGUAGUUAGUUGGGUUUCUCUUUUUCAGUUUUAGUUUGCUUUGUUUGUUUGUUUUCUUUCUGGCAAGAUAGUGACCAGAAAACGUCCUAAUAGGCUUUUUGGCGUUUAUGGCAAAAUUUUAGAGGCGAAUGGGUCAAAAUAAUUAAACAGCGACGGGCCAAAAAAAAAAAAAUAAUGAUAAUAACUAUAAUGAUAAUAUAAUAAUAAUACGAUAUCCCUCAAUACCUCCUCUGAUUAAAAUUAGCUUGACAGAACUUGAAUUGUAAAGCGUUGAAGUCAACUUAAAAUUUUGCCAUAGAACGCCGUAAAGCUUUCCGUGACGUUUUAAAAACAGGACAAACUUGAAACAAGAAAAAAAAUUAAAUUAUUAAUAACGGUAUCGAAUAAAGCCGUUAGAAGAGAUUCUAAAAUCCAGUGAAAAAUGAAUUUCGUUGUCGAUAUAUAGAUGCGAGUUUCAGUCAAGUUCUACGUUUUUUAAUUUCCUUAAAGGAGACUGUAUUUAGACGUAUUUACAGCAGAUAGAUUCGCUUUUUGUUCAUUCUUUUUUUUUCGUUCAUAUGUUUAGGGAGGUGACAGUACAUACGAGGAAAUGUGUUUGGACUUCUUACUUUACUAUCCUCGUGUUAAAGGCCUCAAAUGGUGUGACACUACCUUAUUUGAACCUUCGUGGCAACUGGUCGACAAACUAUAG